GAGAGUGACUAUGAGACGGACGUUAACAAAGAAAACUUUACACUGUAAGCACAAGUGCUCACUGUUAUGGACCUCUUCUUCAUACAAGGAUGUUUCAUCGCCUUAACGUUUGAGGAAGUUUAACUGUUGAUACUUUUUUAUGUUUUCCAGAAAGUUGGCCUCCUAGGGAUAAGGCAGGGAUUGUUAGUUGGUGAAGGGUUCCUUUCAGACAAAGUCAUGGUGCUAAUUUUGGGUCGGCGUGCCAAUCAUGAAAACUCUGGUGGUGUGCCAGAAUCCCCUGCAAUCAAACGGAAAGUCUUGGAGAUGGAGUCCAAGAACCUGAGUGACGUGUACAACUUUUCUUCCGGUUCUUCUCAUGCUGAGAGUGUACUACAAGUCUUCAAUGAGUUCCGUGACAGUCGUCUGUUUACGGAUGUGAUCAUCAGUGUUCAGGGUCGUGAGUUCCCAUGUCACCGCGCUGUGCUGUCAGCUUGCAGCAGCUACUUUCAUGCCAUGUUCUGCAACGACCACCGGGAGAGCCGCGAGAUGCUGGUGGAGAUCAAUGGCAUCCAGGCGGAUGCCAUGGACACUUUCCUGCAGUUUGUUUACACCGGUCUUGCCUGCAUCACCACGCACAACGUCCAGUUUCUAUUCGAGACAUCUAGCCUCUUCCAGAUCGUCACUCUGCGAGAUGCUUGCGCAAAAUUCCUAGAGGAGCAGCUGGACCCCUGCAACUGCCUUGGAAUCCAGCGCUUUGCAGAUGCACAUUCUCUCAAACAGCUGGCCAGUCAUUGCCGUGGCUUUGCCCUGCAGAAUUUUCCAGAAGUGGCGCAGCACGAGGAGUUUCUCGACUUGUGCAAAGACGAACUGGAGGGAUACAUAGCUAGUGAUGAGCUGUCCAUUUCCCGGGAGGAAGUAGUGUUCGAGGCAGUGAUGCGUUGGGUCUACCACAGUGUGGAGGUCCGCAGGCCCAUGCUCAAAGACUUGUUACAACAUGUUCGACUGCCUCUCCUGCAUCCAAACUACUUUGUUCAGACGGUGGAAGGUGAUCAACUGAUCCAGAAUGCUCCAGAAUGUUACCAGCUGCUGCAUGAAGCACGUCGCUACCACGUACUUGGGAAUGAGAUGAUGUCACCACGUACCAGACCCCGCAGGUCGACUGGUUUCUCUGAGGUCAUUGUGGUAGUAGGGGGGUGUGAGAGAGUGGGAGGAUUUAAUCUACCCUACACAGAGUGUUAUGAUCCUGUGACUGGAGAAUGGACAUCUCUUGCUAAACACCCCGAGUACACCAAGUCCGAAUAUGCAGUCUGUGCCCUCCGCAACGACAUCCUUGUGUCAGGUGGACGCAUCAACAGCAGUUACGUGUGGAUGUAUAACUCACAACUCAACCUCUGGAUCAAAGUGGCAUCUCUCAAUAAGGGUCGUUGGAGACACAAGAUGACUGUCCUGCUAGGGAAGGCGUAUGCAGUUGGAGGUUAUGAUGGCCAGUGCUGUCUCAGUAACGUGGAAGUGUACGACUCCUUCUCCAACCGAUGGACAGAGGUGACCCCUAUGAAAGUAGCCGUCUGCUCCCCGGCGGUGACCAGCUGUGAUGGAAAACUCUUUGUCAUUGGUGGAGAGCCCAAUGAAAUCAGUUGCUCCAAUAAGGUCCAGUCUUAUGACCCAGAGACUGACAGCUGGCAGCUGAGGGCAUGUGUUCCCUUCACCAAACCCAACAUUUCUGCUGUCUCUCUCAAUAAACUCAUCUACGUAUGUGGCGGCCUGACCAAGUCCAUCUACUGCUAUGAUCCUUUAGAGAACCUCUGGAUACAUGUGGUCAAUACCUUCAGCAGACAGGAGAGCUGUGGCAUGUCCGUUUGUAAUGGAAAGAUCUACAUUCUGGGUGGGCGGGGAGAAAACGGUGAUGCUUCUGACAACAUCAUGUGCUACGACCCCGCCUCUGGCAUCAUCACGGGUUUGGCUGCCAUGCCCCGCCCCGUCUCCUACCAUGGCUGUGUUACCAUACACCGUUUCAGCGAGAAACGACACAAAACCUGAGCAUCCACAAACUCACAGCAAGCCGAAUGUGUCACCAUCUCCAGUACUGCUUACAUUUUUAUACCUAUCCUCAAAAAGCCAGAAGUGGUCUGUUAAACGGUCACACAUAAUUGAUAUUGAUCUCCCAGUUAUACAGUUAACGAAUAGAGUAUAUGUGGAGUUAACACAUAGCUUGUCCACUGAUGUUUUGUCAUCAAAGAUUUUAGGGUUCAAAUUUAUAGGAAUUUUAAGGGGUUAUGAUACAAGGAAUAACAUUUUCCUUUAUAUAUUGACACAUACAAGGUCAUUGUACUAUGAAAACAUACUGUUAAGUUUCAGAACUAAAAUUUCCUCCUCACUGCAAAAACAGCAUUUGUUGAAACCAAGCUGCUAAAACGAGUCGUGCUCACUACAAUGUGGAGGAGGACAUUUGUAUCUGACCGCCUCCACAACAACAUGUCAAUGCCUGCUUUACCUUAUCACUUCAGUAGCCCUGCCCAGUAAUGGUGAGCAGUGAGAUGGCAAUGAGAGAGCAGGUCAGUCAAGAGCAGAGAGCCAAUCAUAACAGUGGCCAUUUAUUGUCAAGUCUUAGAGGAGCAGCACCAAAACAGAGCGUUUCUGACAGACGCUCAAAAUGAGGGUGGAAAAUUAUUUAAGUUUUACAAAUAAAUUACCAAAAAUUGUUUAUCAUAAGUUUAUAAUUUUAUCAUAAGUGAACCUCAAGGAGCUUAUUAAAAUAAUAAUAAAAAAAAAGGCAUGUCAUGACCCCUUUAAGGGAAAGUGUAUUUUUAGAUGUCAAGACUGGUAACCCCCUCUUCUGCAUUUUUCACCAUUUUUAAAUCACCCUUUUAUCUUGUCCAACAGUGCGAAAAAUACAUUUUUAAAAAUAUUCCAUGUCUCUCAGUUUAAAAUGGAAAAUUACAGAUGCAUGCAUAAUUAUUAUAAUCUUUUUUUUCUUAAAUAAAUAGCAAAAUGAGGUUUUGUCACACUGCAGAACAAGUCAACUUCCCAAUAGUAUUUCAUGUCACACAGAAUUCGGGACAGUAUUUAACCGCUUAAGUGAAGAAAAGUUCAAUUUCAUUAGCGUCAUGCCAAUCCUGUUAAGAUUGUUAUCUGUGAGGCAACAGUUCUCUGGCAUUGACCAUUUCUUUGAAACACUAGAAGCUUGUAAAACCUCCCCAUCCUCUUAACUGAAACUGCAGGCUGGUAAUCAUACAUUCCAUAAAAUGAUCAAAUAUCCAGUGGAUCAAUCUGAUUUUCUAGGUGCUGUGAUGGUGCCAACAUAAACAGACUCAACAAAUGCUCACGUCCUGUCCUUUUUCCCUUUUUUCUUUAGUUUCUGACAUACAGUUAACAUACAGUUCCUUUUAUUGUAAUUUUUGACCUUUUAAAUGUACUUUUUUACAUGUUGUUUAUGUCUUAAUCUUUACUUGUAUGGUAUUUUUAAUGUUUUUGUACCAUUUGUUUUGUAUUUUGACAUUGCUUGGUUGAUUUCUUGACGUGUCAGUCUGCAGACCUAAACGGAGGUUUUGACUGGUGGAAUUUGGGGUGGUUUUAAUAUUUUAAUAAGACUUUCAUAUUGUUAUGCUAUUGAGCUUACUAAAUGACAGACAACACUUAAUUACUACAUUAGCUUUAAGGGGGUUUCAUAUAGAGGUUUUUGUUUUCUAAUAAACUUUUUUUUUUUUUAAGAAAUGUAGCAGUUGAUUUGAAAAUCUAAGGCAGUUCUGAUUUUGAAAUGUCACUAUUCCUUUGGGUUCUCAAUGAACCGUACAGCUGUGAAUUAAAUUUUUCCCUAGUCUGUCAUAUCUGUAUUUAAGUGAAUGAAUAUCUUUAGUGUGACAACCAGGAUGUGCCUUUCUGAUUUGUUUUUUGAAAUCAGAGCCCCAAUCAUGCACUUCUAUGUAAUUAGUGUUAGUAAUAUGAUUUCUUAGUGUAAAUAAAAUUGUUUUGAAUUUCCUUUUUUAAAUAUUUUCCUAUUUUAUGUUGUGAUUGUAUCUUAUUCAUGGAAAUGGAGUGUAAGGUUUGUGUGCUUGCAUGUACUGUAUGUCUGUGUUCAUAUUAGAUAGUUUUAGAUCAAUGUUAUGUUUAUCGGUCAGAUAACUGCAUCCUCUGCUGUAGUGUUUAUCAGUACUGGAGAACAGACAUGUACUAUAUCAGAAUCAUCUACCAUCAGUUUAAUUUCGCGAAAUUCAUCUGAAAGUUUCAGACAGGAUGUUGGCAGCAUGGUCUCCAGGAUAACUGUAGCACUACACCUCAGUUACUACCUUUAACGACAAAGAUACACGUAUGUCUGUAUGUAAAUAUGUAUUUAUAUAUUUUCAUAUACAUGAUUUGUAAUUGGAUCAUUUUAAUAAUUACAAGCUGUACUGUUCAAUACUUUUUGUAAAUGUUAUUUUGCCAAUGUAUGUACUAUUGUGCUAUUAUGCAAUGCUGUUUGAUUUUCUGUCUAUUAUAUGAUCUUUGAUUUGUAUUGAAUAUGUUCAUUUUACUCUGCUCUGUGCUUUAGUGGAGAUUCAAAGCUUUAAUCAUCAUGUUGCCAUGGUCACAAAAUCUACAGAUAUUGACUUGCUGAGCAAAACUCCACCUGGUUAUAGAGCACAAGAAUGUGUCUGAUCAUCUGAGCUCGGAGUUUGUCAUUCUCAGGAUUUUUAUUUAAAAGCACAUCCUGGUAUUUAUAUAUCCGUAAAAACUGAAAUGCCGUUAAAACCCGACAAUGCAGUUUUACACCAUUUCACUUCCCUGGAAAGAAACUGUAGCUGAGUAGUGAUUUGAGUAUGUGUCCAAACAUUAAAAAAUAUUGGACUGUAUCCAAAAAUAGUGAUGGGCCUUAACCCUUGUAACUGAUUGAGAAGAUAUGUGUUGAACUAUUCUGUUUCUUGUCUUAAGUGUCUCAAUAAAGUUUUUACUUUCA